AUGGAUGCUCCCAAACAAUGUUUGAUUGACAGAUGGGUUUUAGAAUAUGAGGUCUACGAACUCUGGAAAAAGUUUUCUGAUAAUCUCAGGAUUACACAGACGUGGCAAAUGAUGUACUAUUCAAAUUUCAUGCAGAAUGAAAAUAAAUUAAAAACAGUUUACGAAUCUCUUGGUCUAGAAGACCAACAGGAUGACACAGAAAUUAUUAAUUUGCUUUUGCUGAAAAUUAUGACAUCCAUAUCAUCUGCAUCCAAACUACCAGCAGACAGCAGCAAGGAUGUAAUAACUCCAUUGGAAGAAGCAUUAAUGCAUGUUGAUCAGUUAUUCGAAUGCAAAUUAAAGGAAGUCGUCAAAAAUGCUCUUUUAAGAUUGAGAAAAGCCAUAAAACAGGAGAGUGUCAUAAUUUGUUUAAGAUGUCACAAAUUAAAUUUGGGUAAAUCAGUCUAUGAAAGAGUUUGGAACAAAAAUUCUAGCAUCAAAGAUUUUAACAUUAAAGUGAAUAUGGAAGCUUUGUUCAAAGAUGAUAUUAAUUUGUCAUCAGCUUUAAAUCAAUUCAGUGUUUCUGAGUUGUCUGAUAAUUGUAAACAUUUUUUUUCUAAAUAUUUCAACACAUUUUCUUUGCCCUUUUUAAAUAGGGUUGGAGAAAAGUUUGUUGAUAGCUAUCCUUCCAAAUUUGGACUUGUCAACAAAAAGAAAAAACUUUCAUCAGAAGUUACAAAGUACAAGCAUUUUCUUAUUCAGUGCUGGCUUGCAGAGUAUAUUAGUUACUUAGCUUGGAAAAAUGUAGAUGAAUUGUUAGAUGAAAAGUUUGAAUGGAUGAUGAAAUUUGUCUCAGAGAACAACGAUUUUGAAAGCAAAAAUUGUUUGUUGAUACGUUUUAUGUUCAAAUACAAUGAAAGAAAUAAAAAUGAUGAGACUAUUGCUUCUUUCUCUUCUCCUUCUGAAUUGUGUCUUGAACUUCUUGAAAAGAUGAACAUUUCUUUUCCUGAUGCAUUUGAUGGGUCAGAUCAGCUAAUUGGUACAUUAAAAUCCGAACUGAAAAGGUAUGCUGUUCUGAUCUGGUGCAGUAGAAACAUGUAUUCUAAAGCAAAAACAGUUUUUGAAAAAUUAUUUGCUGAUUCACCUGAUGAACAAGUUCUAACAUCAGAACUUAAUAAUAUCCUCAAUGGGUCAUUAAUAUUACAAGAUUUUUCAGAUAAGCAACUUGAUCAAGCCUUAAAGAACUACUUGGAAAAAGUUUUUUCUGCUAUUUCUCUACCCUAUUUGCUGACUAUGGCUGAGAAUGUGAUAAAUAAGAGUAAAAGCUUUAUGGAAAGUUUAGAUCUGACUGUUAAAAAAUCAACUGAUUCUAAUAAAAGACAUCGAACGUCCAAAAAACUUCCAAAUGAUUUUGUGUCCUCAGAUUUUCUCGAAGAUUUCAGAGGACAAAAAGGAAGAAAAUUGCAAGAAUUUAAAAAGAAUGGAAUUUACGAACCAUCAGAGGAGGAAGAUUUUUAUGAAUCUUUUCAGAAGACAUACUCUCCACAAUUUGAUUAUAAAGAGAAACAAGUUGAUAAAAUUAAAGUUAGUGAUUUAGCGAAAAUGAGCGAAUCAAUAAAAACAAACGAGUCAAAAAUAGAAGGUUUAGAUGCUGGAACAUGGCAGGAAGAUGAAGAAGAGUUAAUAUACCGAGGUUCCAUAAUGUUUGGAGUCGGAAAAUGGGAUUCAGUUGCUCAGAGACUUUUGAUCGGUCGAUCGGGUGAUGAUGUUAAAAAGAAGUGGACUUCAAUGAUAAAAACUGGUAAACUUAAAACAUUUAUUGAUCUCUAUGGUCCAAUACCAUGUUUUAAACUGGAAGAAAAUUACUGA